AUGGAAGAUAACAAGCAAAAAGAUAUUAAAAAAAUACUUAAUAAACUUCAUUCUACAGAUCUCAUAACUGCAAAUCCAAAUGGAUGGAAAGAAACUGAAGUUUUUCUAAAAGAAUUUGUUGAAAUUCUUUUAUCAUACAUAAAAGAACAAAAUGAUAGAUCCACUAAAGUUCUUGAAUUUCAUCAUCCAGAAGAUAUGUUAAAAUUAAUUGAUCUUCAUAUACCAGAAAAAGGAUUAUCACUAGAAGAUUUAAUUAAAAGUUGUAAAGAAGUUCUUAGACUUGGUGUAAAAACAGGUCAUCCACGUUUUUUUAAUCAAAUAUCAUGUGGUUUAGAUCUUGUAUGUAUGGCUGGUGAAUGGGCAACUGCCACAGCAAAUACAAAUAUGUUUACUUAUGAAAUUUCUCCAGUUUUUACUUUAAUGGAAAAAGAAAUUAUGAGAAAGAUGAUUGAUUUAAUUGGGUGGGGCCCUGAUGAAGGUGAUGGUAUUUUUACACCUGGUGGUGCUAUAGCAAAUCUUUAUGCUAUGAAUUCAGCUAGACAUAAUAUUUUUCCACGCUGUAAACCACUUGGAAUGACUUCUGUUCCAACAUUAUGUUGUUUCACAAGCAUAGACUCACAUUACUCAAUUAAAGGUGCAGCUGCUGUAACUGGUAUUGGUACCGAUAAUUGUUUUAACAUUCCAGUAGAUAGAUUUGGGAGAAUGAUACCAGAAGCAUUGGAACAAAAAAUACUAGAAUGUAAAAAAGAUGGAUUGUAUCCAUUUUUUGUUUCUGCAACUGCUGGAACAACAGUUUAUGGAGCUUUUGAUCCUUUAAUCCAAAUAGCAGAUUUAUGUGAAAAAUAUAAUAUUUGGUUCCAUGUUGACGCUGCUUGGGGUGGUGGUUUAUUAUUAUCUCCAGAACAUCGUUGGAAAUUAAGAGGUAUUGAAAGAGCUAAUUCUGUUACUUGGAAUCCACAUAAAUUGAUGGGAGCAUUACUUCAAUGUUCAGUUUGCUUUAUUAGAAAAGAAGGUUUACUAUUUCAAACUAAUCAAAUGUCAGCAGAUUAUCUCUUUCAACAAGAUAAACCAUAUGAUGUUAGUUAUGAUACAGGAGAUCGUUCUAUCCAAUGUGGGAGAAGAAAUGAUGUUUUAAAAUUGUGGUUAAUGUGGAGAUCAAAAGGAAUGGAAGGUUAUCGUCUUCAGAUAAAUAAACUUAUGGAUUUAGCUCAAUACUUUACAAAUAAAAUAAAAAGAACAGAAGGUUAUGAAAUGGUAAUUGAAGACCCACAAUUUUUAAAUAUAUGUUUUUGGUAUGUACCUAAAAGAAUUCGUAAUAUGCCACAAAAAGAAAAACUAGCUAGAUUAGAAAAAAUAGCACCAAAAAUUAAGGGAAAGAUGAUGGAAAGAGGAACAACAAUGGUAGGAUAUCAACCUGAUAAUAACACACCAAACUUCUUCCGUCUUAUUAUUAAUAAUCCGGCAACCACAAAAGAAGAUUUAGACUUUUUAAUUGAAGAAAUAAUUGAUAUUGCUAUUGAUAUGUAA